GUUGGUGUCCAUGUGAACAGCAUGGUCCACAGGUGUAGUUUUCUUUUUAUUGGAAGUACCCGCUGUUGACUUCUUUCUCUUUCUCCCGACAGUAGGCCUACCUGGGUUUAUCUCGGUAUUUUGCGCAUCGCCGCUGGGAACACUGGUAUCGGACAUUUUACCAGACCGUGUAUUCAUUCCUUAUCAAUGCCAAUGCAGGCUUGCUGAGUGAGCGUGUCUGUCUAGUUUGUCAGUCACCGGUUGUCACUCAUCAAAGUACAGCGGUGAUGCGAGGUGAUUGACAAGUUGACAACCAGUCAAUAUGAUGGAGGAGGCCGGAUGGCUCCUCCUUCAGCCUGUGAAUGCAUUUAUGAUUGGCUUGUUUCACCCUUGUCGUCACCCCGACCUAUAAUACAAUUCAAACGUAAUCUGGCGGGAGCUAGUCACAUCGUAGCCAAAUAAUGCCUGGUUUAGCCACUGAGCUAAGAGAGCUUAUUGAAGGCAGAACUAAAUCUAAAAGAAGACAUAGACAAAUAAUCAAAUGGAUGCAGAAGAAAAGGCUUCUAAGAAGAUGGAUGAGAUGCCAAAAAUGCAAACACAAGAUGAAAUUCAAGGAAUCAGUUUGUGUGGACAACUAUGCAUGGGUUUGCAAACACCAUAACCACAGAGGGAGGAAACUGAAGAGGUCAAUUAGACACAAAUCUAUAUUCAGCAAUUCAAAGGUCUCCCUCUUCAACUGGAUGCGCUUUGUGUACAGAUUUGCACAAGGCCUGCGUCUACGGCAAGUGGACAUGAUCAAUGAUGACAUUUCUGGAAGCUCAGCAACCCUGUCCAAGAUGGCUCAAAAGCUGCGAGAUGUGUGCACUACUGCGAUGGACAGAUAUCAGCAAGCAAGAGGCCAGUACAUUGGGGGGCGGCAGCAGUUUGAGGAGCUUGAGUGUUCCCGGUGUAACGAGGGAAUUGCACGCAGCCAUGUGCUGGCUGCCGGGGAUAAAGGCAGCGUCCUAGCGCCUCCGCGCUGGGUCAUAGGUUCCAGAGACGGAGUCUGGACCGGCGGUCACCGCUGCAGAGAGGAGCUUGAGUGUUCCCGGUGUAACGAGGGAAUUGCACGCAGCCGUGUGCUGGCUGCCGGGGAUAAAGGCAGCGUCCUGUGGCCCAAUUCUCACUCUCUAGACGCGGUUUGA